AUGUUGCUAUCCUUCCUUGCCCUUGUGCCUGCGGCUGCUGCAGCCAAACUCCCCGCAGCCAUCGAUCCGUGGUAUCCAGUGCCUCAACCGAAACAGCCAAACAUCGACGACUUUACACUGAGACAUAUCUACCAUCGGGGCACAUAUCGAGACCGAGACCUGCACAAGCGCUACGAUUUCCACCCUCAGGCUCCCGUCCUAGUUACCCAAGACCACGAUGAUGCCCUCUCCCACUCUCUGCAGCCGCCACCUCACUUUCUGCUUCGUUCCCACCCGGAACAGAUCGAAAGACUGGUCGACCGAGAACCGGCGAGUGUCGAGCAGUAUCUCCAGCAUGCUCGACGGACAGGGAGGCCUGCCAUCCUCGACGCCUCACAAUGGACGCUAGAUGAAGUGAAGGGUCCCAAUAUCUCUGACAAGGAUACAGUCAUCAAUCUGGCCAUCAUGGCUGCCAAUGCAUACAAUCCAGGGCCAGGAGAGGGGGACUGGGAAGAUGUCAAGCAAGGAUACAAUCGAUCUACCCCGUUCGGGUGGGAAGGUGACGGCCUACGAGGCCACAUCUUCGCGAACGAAGGCAACGAAACAGUCAUUAUCAGUCUGAAGGGGACGUCCCCCGCAGUCUUUGAUGGCGAUGGAACAACCACAAAGGACAAAAUGAACGAUAAUCUUUUCUUCUCCUGCUGUUGCGCCCAAGGCGGCUCCUACUUUUGGCACCAAGUCUGCGACUGCCAGACCAGCACGUACACCUGCAACCGGACCUGCGUCGUGCAAGCACUGAGGCAGGAGAACCGCUACUACCGUGCAGCAAUCGAUUUAUACACCAAUGUCACAGAACUCUACCCGGAUUCCAAUGUCUGGCUAGCAGGCCAUUCCCUGGGCGGCGCCGUCACGGCCCUCCUGGGCCAAACAUUCGGCCUUCCGACAGUAACAUUCGAGGCUCCCGGCGAAGAUCUCGCUUCCAAACGACUAGGUCUACCCGCACCUCCGUCAUCCGACCCUCACAAACCACGCACAAAGUACACUGGCGCAUACCACUUUGGCAAUACCGCUGAUCCUGUUUUUAUGGGCACAUGCAACGGUGCCACCGCAACCUGUACCUUGGGUGGCUACGCCAUGGAAUCAGCAUGCCAUACGGGCAAGCAAUGCGUGUACGACACUGUAAGCGACUACGGUUGGCGGGUGGGCAUCGGUAAUCACAAGAUCCACAAUGUCAUUGACAACGUUAUCAAGAUGUACAAGAAUGUGCCAUCCUGUGAACCGGACGACGAGUGCGUGGAUUGCUUCAACUGGAAGUUCUUCGACAGUAACGGGAGCGACUCAACCACGAGCACGAGAACGACGACGACCAGUUCGAGUACCUACACGCGGACGAGUACAUGCAAGACGCCUGGAUGGUGGGGAUGCCUGGAUGACAACCCUACGACAAGCAGUUCAAUUCCUGUGAUUACAACCACAUACACGACCACGAGUUGCAUUACGCCGGGCUGGUUUGGGUGCAAAGACCGAGUCAACGUCACGGUUACUACGACUACACUUGCGCCGACAUCAACUCCAACUACAACUUCGGUCCCUGCUUCCCUUACACAUACACCUUCGACAUCGAGCUCGAGUACAACGAGCUGUGAUCAUCCAGGCUGGUGGGGAUGCCGAGAUCCUACUUCUACAUCGACAACGACACACACAGCAUCUCCCAGCCCAACCUCACCCAGUCCCAGUUCAACGAGAACGGCAGCGCCGCAUAAGAAGCACAGAUGCGAGACACCAGGGUAUUUCUGGGGCUGUAAGGAUGAGGAGCACCAUCACACCAGCACUGCUCCGAGUACGGAUAGCGACACGAUCACUGGGGCGCCGACCGCGAGUGCUAGUAGUGUGCAGCCGUCGCAAACCAGCACGACCGACCAUGGGAGGAGGCGGAGGAAAUGUAAAAACCCGGUCUUCUUCGGGUUGAUUUGCCUAGAUGGCUAUGAGGAUGAGUAUGCACCUGAAUUAUAA